CGAACCUACCCUAUGUUAGUUUUGUCUCUGCUGCACAGGAUAGGUGGGUAAAUGCCGGCCUACCUUACCUAGGUAACCAGAGCUAGACUCAUCAGCAGCACAAUAUCACAAUUGACCAUCGAACCAAUGAAUCAUCUCGAGGUCCCCGUCUUCUCACCCUCCUCGGCCCGGCAGGUCGCGGCUCUUGGUGUCAACCGGAUCGAGCUCAACGCGGCUGGGUCGUAUGGCGAAGGCGGCCUCACGCCGUCGCUAGCCGAGCUCUCCGAGCUUCUGUCGUCGACUGCCGCCGCCCCCGCCAGCCAAAGCCAGCGCGUGCCCGUCCGCGUCAUGAUCCGGCCCCGGGGGCCCCCACCUGCCCCAUCUGCCGACUUCAUUUAUAACCCCCAGGAGCUAAAGGCCGGGAUGCGGGAUGCCAUCGUCGCCUUCAAGGAAUCCAACCUGAUGCACGCUGAGCUGGGAGACGGAUUCGUCUUUGGGAUCCUGAAGCAGCAGGCGUCAGCAUCAGACGAGGUUGUCGUCGACGUGGACCGCAACCGAGAGCUCGUGCGUCUCGCCCAACCCUAUACCUGCGUGUUCCACCGCGCCUUUGACGACGUCGUGGGCUCCACCGACAGGCAAGAGGCGUCGCUAGGUCAGGCGCUUGAAGACGUGGUCGCGUGCGGCUUCGGCGGCAUCCUCACCUCCGGCGGCCCAGGCAACGCGCCCGACAACGUCGAGACGCUGCGGCACAUCGUCUGCCUGGCAAGCGCCAGGAACAUCGAGAUCAUCGCCGGCGGCGGCGUCCGCGCUCGGAACGCUCAAAGCAUCAUCCGAGAGGCGCUCAGGGCACAGGGUCCAAAUGACUGCGGCGACGACAAGGGCGCGCGCUGGCUGCAUUCUUCAUGUCUGACCUCGAGCGCGGUGGGAGACGUCGGCGAUCGAGAGAUUGACAAGUCUGAGGUGACGAGUCUGUUGCAAGUGCUGAGACACGGCUGAGGCCAUGCGUAUAUGCCUGCCUUCUAAAUACACACCUACCUGUCACUAUGUGCAUUCAAGUGAUUUGUCGAUAUAUCACAGCAGCAGCUCGUCUGCAUCCCUAUUGAAUAUCUUGCAUUUUCCCCUGUCUUGCUUUGAUUCGCUCAAGAGUAUAUUUUUCACCAGACGGUGCUAGAGCCUCCUCCAAGUGAGUCCCAACGCUGCCAAGCAAUCGCUGAAAACACCAACUCGCAUGUUUCGAGAUGCGCCAUGGCUACGGAUCCAUAGUUCGCACUCGCCCCGGCCCGGACGCCUAGUCCCAGCGAACUGAUCACAGCAAGACGGACGCUAAGCUAUAGUCUAGACUCGU